UCCCACAGCACUUCCCAGCCAGUGUGUUCAGCCUGCCUGCCUGCCUGCCUCUGUGUGUGUGUGAGCGUGUGUGCGUGCGUCUACUUUGUACUGUGAAGAACACAGCCCAUGUGCUCUGCAUGGACGUUCCUGAUACUCUGUUAAGCUUGAUUUUCGACAAGCAGGCAAGAUGUCCAGCACACCACAUGACCCCUUCUAUUCUUCUCCUUUCGGCCCAUUUUAUAGGAGACAUACACCAUACAUGGUACAGCCAGAGUACCGAAUCUAUGAGAUGAACAAGAGACUGCAGUCUCGCACAGAGGACAGUGACAACCUCUGGUGGGAUGCGUUUGCCACUGAAUUUUUCGAAGAUGACGCCACAUUAACUCUUUCAUUUUGUUUGGAAGAUGGACCAAAGCGAUACACUAUUGGCAGGACCCUCAUCCCCCGUUAUUUUAGCACCGUGUUUGAAGGAGGGGUGACUGACCUGUAUUACAUCCUCAAACACUCAAAGGAGUCUUACCACAACUCAUCCAUCACGGUGGACUGCGACCAGUGUGCCAUGGUCACACAGCAUGGGAAGCCCAUGUUCACCAAGGUAUGCACAGAAGGCAGGCUGAUCUUGGAGUUCACAUUUGAUGACCUCAUGAGAAUAAAAACAUGGCACUUUACCAUUAGACAGUACAGGGAGCUGGUCCCCAGAAGCAUACUAGCCAUGCACGCACAAGAUCCUCAGGUCCUGGAUCAGCUGUCCAAAAAUAUCACCAGGAUGGGUCUAACAAACUUCACCCUCAACUACCUCAGGUUGUGUGUAAUACUGGAGCCAAUGCAGGAACUGAUGUCGAGACACAAAACCUACAACCUCAGUCCCAGAGACUGCCUGAAGACCUGCCUGUUUCAGAAGUGGCAGCGGAUGGUGGCACCGCCAGCAGAACCCACAAGGCAACCAACCACCAAACGGAGAAAAAGAAAAAACUCCACAAGCAGCACUUCCAACAGCAGCGCCGGGAAUACCACCAACAGUACCAGCAGCAAGAAGAAGACCCCAGCCGCGAGCCUGAGCCUGUCCAGUCAGGUACCUGAUGUGAUGGUGGUAGGAGAGCCAACUCUGAUGGGAGGUGAGUUUGGGGACGAGGACGAAAGGCUAAUCACUAGAUUAGAAAACACGCAAUAUGAUGCGGCCAACGGCAUGGACGACGAGGAAGACUUCAACAAUUCACCUGCCCUGGGGAACAACAGCCCGUGGAACAGUAAACCUCCCGCCACGCAAGAGACCAAAUCAGAAAACCCCCCACCCCAGGCUUCCCAAUAAGAUGGGCCACCGGCACCUGAUUCCACUGCCCAUAGGCCCAGUGGGGUAGAAUUCCAAUUGCAAAUCUCUACUAUCAGGAGAGGAAAGAGGUGAAAUUUAAAACACACAAACAAAACGUUUCCAUACAAACAUCUGUUUCUAAACAUAAUGACCUGAUUUUCUUUCUUGCAAUUUUUUUUUCCUUUUUUUAAUUGAGAGGAUCGUUUCAAAUGAGCCUGCAUGGCCUCUCCUUGGAGGCCUUCGCAAGAACUACAGACACUGUCCCUGGCGGUAAUUAGAAGCAGCAGAGGCUAACGCAUCUCCUGGCACGGUCUCGCCUCCCUCUUUGUGUUGAACUUCCUGUCCAUGCACCCAAUGAAGGCCAUGCUGUCCGAACGUGCUCAGGAUCACAGUAACAUGCCGACCCCCAACUACAGAUGACUUUUUAAUAUUGUAAAAUAUUUUCUGCUUUUUGACUUGCAUUUGAGAGUUUCUUGUUUCAGUAAAAAAAGAAAAGAAAAAAAUCUGUUUUGGAAAAGUAAUUUAAAUGUACCUUUUUCCCCUCUUCACCUUCCAUUGGUUUUCCAUGUGGCAAGAGUCCAAGAAGACACAGCUAGGUGACUUUCUGGCAAGCUGAUCCUAAUUGGUUCUUGAGUCUGAGUUGUCUCAGUUUAGGCCAAGUACUGAAACAAGGAAUCGUCAAAGAUAUAUGGGUAGAUUUUAUUAUGUAAACAAAGACAAAUGGACCCUGGGAAAUGUAUGCAUUUGUAAACUUGCUGUGGGUCCAAAUAUUUUCAAGCCAUGUAAUCCAUUAAUUUUGUGGAAAGCUUAAUAAAUCUGAAACUUUUUGUAUUCCUUCCUUUUUUUUUAAAUUGUAUCUGAGUUGAAUGAGUUUUGGUGUUUGUUUGCUUUUUCAUGCUAUAUUUCCUGUAUAAAAUUUUGUAAAUCUUUCACCUGGUUCUUUCAUGGGGACUUUUCUUUUGGGGCAAGUUCAGUGUAUUUAUGUGAAACUUUAUAAGAGAACUAAUUUUCCAUUUGCAUAUUAAUAUGUUCCCCUAUACAUGUAAAGACACAGUGGCUCCGUGUGUCAUAAAACAGUUGUAUUUUAUGUAUGCUUUACUGGUAAGUGUGCCAAUAAUAAACUGUAUUAAUGACCAAAGUAA